UUAACAGUUCAAUGGAGUGAAAUCGCGCGGUCCACCUGUCCUGUUCACGUCCACGUCAGUCGCAUUCAAGUACACGUUCGCGUUCUUGGCAUUCUUGCGUUAUCACCUAACCUGAGUGAACGGUCCGUCACUCGUUACUCGAAAUCCAAUAACAAUUGAUGAAUGAGACGUCUACGCAGAUGACAAGUUAUCUAAAUAUCCCCUAGCGUAAAUAAGUGUAGCAAAAUGCAUUGGACGCUGUGCGCAUUGAUAAUCGGAUCGUUCGGAUGUAAAUACAUUCAUGCUCAGGCGCAAAGAGUCGCGCCGGGUGUCCCACCUCAGCAUUAUCAGCAACCCGUUCAAAUACCACAACAACAUGCGCAACACAUUCCACAACAGCAACAAUAUCAACAAGUACCGAUGCAACAACAAGUCCCCCCUGUUCAGCAAAUGCCGGUGCAACAUCAGGCCCCGGUACAACAUCAGGCCCCGGUUCAACAUCAGGUCCCUGUUCAGCAAGUACCGAUGCAACAGGUACCAGUUCAACAGCAACCUCAUGUUCAACAAGGGCAUGGACAUGCACAUGGUCAACCUCAUGGACAACCUCAAAUACUUAAUGCUGCUAAUAUAGCCCAUGAAAAAGAACAUAUUGCAGAGCAUGCUGACGUUCCAAUAGAUACCAGCAAGAUGACAGAUCAGGAGUUGCAGUUUCACUAUUUCAAAAUGCAUGAUGCAGAUAAUAACAAUAAAUUAGACGGUUGCGAGCUCAUCAAAUCUCUUAUACAUUGGCAUGAACAAGGUAAUGCGGAAGAUACACAAGGUGACAAGUUAUUUAAGGAUGAGGAAUUAAUACAAUUGAUAGAUCCAAUACUUAGCAUGGAUGAUUCCAACAAUGACGGCUACAUCGAUUAUCCUGAGUUUAUACAGGCCCAACAGAAUGCCGCAGCUAGUGCGCGUCCAUAAUGGUGAAACUUUCAUAACUUGGCAUAAAAUUUAAUUUGGAACAAAGUUCAUAAAUGUUAUCUAAGGAGGAAAUCAUUAUUUUCAUUAUGGAUUUCAUUAUGAUUUUUUCUACGAUACAAUAUUGACAUGGUACUGUUUUAAGCCAAGAUUAUUUAUGUGAGUAUUUUUCAUUGAUCUAAUCAAUAUAUAAGAGAAAAGAAAAGCGUAGCUUUCUGUAUAUUGUCGAUAUUAUAUAAUACAAAAAUAUCAUAUAAUUAAAAACUUAGAAAUGAAACUCUCUUUAAUUCUUCAUAUUUUGAGAUUAAUUUUAUAAAAAAUAAAAGUGUCUAUUGCGCAUUUAUUACUCUUUAAGAUGGUUGUAAUGUUCUAAUGUUAUUAAACUGGAUUUUUGAUAAAGCAGGAAACUAUUUUUAAAGAAUAUUUUAUA